AUGGUGCAUGACAUUCUCCCUACAGAUGAUGUUGUUCAGAAGAGGGGCAUAGCCCUUGUCUCUAAAUGCAGCUUAUGUGGAAUGGAGGCUGAGACAACGGCUCAUAUAUUCCUUCAAUGCUCCUACUCGGAGGAUAUAUGGCUCUUUUUUUGUGGGUGCUUCAAUGUGUCAUGGAAGAAAGCUGGAACCAUGCCUGAUUUCCUCAAAUGGUGGAAAAGAAAACACAAAUCUGUUUGCUGUAAAGAUGCGUGGAUCAUGGGGUUACUAACAUUGGCUGAUCAUAUUUGGUGCGAAAGAAAUAGUAGAAGGCAUGAUGGUAAGGCAAUACCGGCAAGACACCUGAAGCAGAUGAUUCUAAAGUAUAUUCAAUCCGCUAAACCAAGCACCAAAGGUGAAGUUAAGACAACAACUGAUCUCAUUUGUUGCAGGAAGCUUGGUAUUCCGAUUCAGCAUUUUCCCCCUCAAUCGAUCUUAGAGGUUUUCUGGUGUAGGCCCGAUGUAAAUUGGAUUAAAUUGAAUUUUGACGGAAGCUCAAGGGGCAACCCAGGUCACGCAAGAGCAGGCGGGAUUUUUCGUGAUCACAGGGGAGGCAUUCUUGAAUCCUAUAAAAUUUUUAUGGGAGUCUCGGAAGUCUUUGAAGCUGAAGUCAAAGGCCUUAUGGUGGGGCUGAUGCGAGCUCGGGAGUUGGGCAUUACAUGUCUGUGGGUGGAGACGGAUUCUAGUGCAGUUGCAAUCUCUAUCCAGCAAAAGAAAAUUCUAUGGUUUGCAUUGCAGAGAUGGAUCUUCCUGCAACCAUAUUUAGAGAGUAUCACAUGGAAAAUAACUCACAACUUCAGAGAAGCGAACUCAAUUGCCGACUACCUGGUAAGAGAUGCGGCGAAGACAGGGAUAUCAGCCACAAAUAUCGAUUUCCCUGCCCACAUAAAGGAUCUUAUCAGAAGAGAUUCCGAGGGCAGGCCAAACUAUAGAUUUGAUUAG